GUGUGUUUGAGAGAGAGAGAGAGAGAGAGAGAGAGAGAGAGAGAGAGAAGAGAAAGGAGGAAAGAGGGGAGGUUUUUUCUGCAUCAGAGCAGCAGAGAAGAGUGAGAGAAACAAACAGAUGAGCUUUUAUACAGCAGUUCAUUCAUUUAAACUCUGGUGGUAGACACUCUUUCAAUUUUUAUGCUUCUUUCAAAAGCUUGUUCAAAAAUGUCUGCGGGAUACAGCAAUGAAGAUCUGGAGCUGAAAUAGACACGUACAGGUGGGUGAGACUUUGCAUGUGAGUGUGUGUGUUCUCAGUGAUUAUAUAGGGGCAUAGUCAUAGAUAGGAUACAUUAAGUUGAGUGUCCUGAUGUCCAGUCUUUGACCAUGUGCAAACCAACAGUGUCUGGACUGAACCGCUGAGGUGUUUGAAUGUGUGUGUACUGUUGUGUCCUUUGUAGUUUAAUGUUGCAUAUAGCUGUAAUGGAGUUCCUGCCAGUUGUUUAUAUAAAAAUCAUGCACAUGGUUAGCUUCCUUGUAACACAGACAGUGAUGAACAGACAUCUGCCAUGACUGGAAGCGAUAAUAACGUGAGAGAAAAAGGAGCCGUGACAGUCAGAGUCUGAGUCUGAGUCUGAGUCUAUAACGGUCUUAGUUUAUAACAGUCCAAGCCCAAAGUAAUACAAGCCUCUAGCAGUCCAAGUUCAGAGCAGUAUAAUCACGAGUUUUUCUAGUCUGAGCCAGUCUUGACCAUCCUCUUAUUAAAAAGAACUGUUACUGAUAUUGUUCAAGACGAAGAGGGCAUCUGCUACCUGGACCCUUACUGGUAGAUGAUUCCAAAGGAUAGGGGCCUGAAAACUGAAAGCUCCACCUCUCAGAUUAUUUCUGGAUAUUUUAGGUACCACAAGCAGACUGAGAUGGUUGUUUUUUUAGGAGUCCGUAAAACUUGUCAGGGCAGCCUGAUAAAAAUAAAUUGCAGUAAUCCAGCAUGGAGUUGAUGAAUGCUAGACUAGUUUUUCUGCAAUGUUCUGAAAUAGCAUCCAAUUUUUGCAGUCCUGAAAAUUGUUUAAUAUAGGAGUUGGAGGAUAGGUUCUGAUCAAAAAAGCUCAAAUUCCUUUUUACAGAGGUGCUGGUUGCCAGACUGAUGCCACCUACUAAUGUUAUAUCAUUAGAAAACGCCUCCAAAGGCUUUGGGGCCUAAACAAGACCUUCAUUCUUACUUAUGUCAGGAACAGUUGUUGAUUUUGAGAGUAGCUACAAACAAAUCUGAACCAGUAAAUCAUUAAUGAAUGUUGGUUAGCCUGUCAAUUUUGUUUUACUUGCAGUUUUCACACAAAUUCAUUCUGUUUCAUGAAUGAGACCCCUUGAGCCUUAAUUCUACAUUCUGCAGUUCAGCAAGCUUCACAGAGAGCUAACUGCCUGACCUAUUUGUUGGCAGGUGUACAGAGAGGUCAGAGGUCAGAGGUCAGGAUGCUGCACUGCGGAGGAGUUAGCAUGCUGCUUCUCUGGAUCCUCACUGAUGGUGAGUCUCUGUGGAAAUUAUACAACUCCUUUCUGUCUGAUAAGUCUUUCGCACCAGGUCCACCUAAUCGGUGAGAAAAAAAAAUAUAAAAAAAUACAAAAUAUAACGUUUUUUUCUCAUAAUAAUGACUUGAGAACAUUUAUUCUUUACAUUUACAACUUUAUUCCCACAAAUAUUCAACUUUAAAUUCUCAUGAAUGUGAAACUUUAAAUCUCACAGAUUUAAAAAUUUAAUCUUGUUUUUGCGCAAAAUUGAUCCUGUAACUUACCAACUUUAAUCAGGUGAAUUAACAGCUUUAGUCAGACUUACCCUUUGUAAAUUUAUGAAUUUAAAUACUUAUGAUUCCCUUUAAAUAUAUAUAUAUAUUUUUUUUUUUUCUCUUGAUUUAGCAACCUCAUCAUCCUAGAUUUAUAGCUAGAUAACAAACUAUAUAACCAAAAACAUUGUUUCUUCUCUAACAUUAAAAAGUCUUGUGUGAUGCCUGAGGUUUUCUUCCAGGUUUACAUCUUUGAUCUAAUUUUUUCAAACUUUUCUUUCAUUAACAACUUCAAAUUUAAUUUAUUCAGGAAUAUAUUUGCCUUAUUUUCUUCCCUCUAAAAAUCACUUAAAAUUAUACUAGGAAACUGAUUUGUGACUACAUUUUAUAACUUGAAUCCCAUAAGUUUAUCACCAACUUCUUGAAAAGUAUAGGAACUUUGAUCUCUUAGAUUUACAACUAACUGUAAAUUAAAAACUUUGAAAAUAAUAAAAUUACUGCUUUAGUCUCAUUGAUUUAUGACUACAUAAAAAUUGUAACUGUUUUGGUAUUGUAUUUUAGCUUGUGUAAUUUUAUGACUGAGUUACAUUUCAGCUUAUUUUCUGUCAGAUUCAUGACUUGAAUCUUGGAAAUAUAUUACUUUUUCCUGUAGAUUUACCAGUGACAGCCUUGAUCUUGUAAGUCUGUAACAUUUGAAAAGUUAAUCUUUUACUCCAAAGUUUGCUCUCAGGCAUGUUUAAAGCCAUGUGAAAAUGUUGUGUUAGAUGACGUGAGAAAACAUUUCAAACUCUUGCUUGCUGUAAAAAAGUUAUUGUUCUCACUUCUGCUUGUCUUUGAAUUUUUGACAUGAAUCUUUUUUUAUUUCCACGUGAUGCCCCCGUCACUCUUACUCUGUGAUUGGCCAAGAGCGGGUGGGGAUGUCAGGUGUGGUGCAGGUAUAAGAGGAUGAGGAGAGUGAAGUCCUCACUGUGGGCUAAGCUAUCUGUUCUCUUAACUUUCUAAUACGUCUCAGUCUCUCCCCAUCUGGCCCCUCCUCAUCCUUCUCCCCUCAGUCCCCCCUUCCCUCCUGCAGCCCCCUCUCCCUCUCUCCCUUCCUGUCCAUCUGUCAGUCGUCCCCCCUCUCUGGCAGUUCCUCCCCCUCUCUCAGGUGGAGCUGGGCCCCCUCUUCUCCAACUCCAGCCCCUUUUCCUCCUCUCACAGCCUCUUCAUGCUGCCCCCCCAUGGUCAGGCCCCCAGACCGGGCCUACAGGCUUCCUUUGGUCCUUAUUCUGUCACACAGGUAAGAAUACCGGUGAAGGGUGAAGGGGGGUUAACAGAGGGUGGUGACUUACCUUUGAGUCUCUCUCCACAGCUCAUACCAGAGCCUAUCCUUCCCUCCCCCCUGUCUGCCUCCCUCCUCUCUGAGCAUGUACAGAGGGAGAGGGGUGAGGGGGGGCAGGAAGUGUUCUGGGUGAGGACGCUGUUCCAUCGGCGAGCGGAUGGUGGCGCCCGAGGAACUUGCAUCACGCUGCACGCCUUCAAGGAGACAGAGGAGCACAAAGCCUCCUGCAUCACUCAGGUGAGGAUCCUUGAUCAGUGUCUCCUUGUCCCCUUCACCUAUUUGUCUCUCUGUCCAAUAAUCUGUCUCUCUUUCCCUCACUUGUCUCACCCCUCAGCCUCCUCUGGGUCUCUGUGUGGUCUCUCUGUCUCUUCCCGGUAGCUGGUUUAAGGGUCAGGAUGCCAGACAGUCAAAUGAGGAUCUGGUGAAGCCACACAGUAACGUUCCUCUUCGACACCGGACACACAAGAGAGAACACCGGAGACAUGGACAUCACCAUAGAAACACUGACAAACAUCAACACACCAUGUCUCCUUCUCUAAGGUGAGACCAUGAAGAUUUGGCGUGGAGGUUCAGAAAGACACUGUUUUACUGCCCCCUGUGACCAAUAAGAGAAAUGAAGCAUAGUGGUAGUUCAGGCAGGACACUGAGUCAAGCUAAAGGCUACAGUCAGCUGAUCUUAAGCCAGUCCUCAGUCAGCUGACAGCUCAGGUGAUCACCCUCUACACAUCUUAUUGGCUAUUGUCAAAAUGGCGCCCUAUUUAAACUGCAUCGGCUGCCUACUCUGCCUGCUGCAACCACUCUGCAACCCACCUCCACCCCAGCUCCUCCUGUUCAUGUUGUGUCUGAUCUUACCAGUGUCAUAUGUAUUGUCACUGAUGCUUGCUCUGUUCUGUGGGAGGAUUUUAAUUUAUUUAUCUUAAUCGUAUUUAUUUGCAGCUGCUUUCUCUUGGCUUUUCAUGUAUGCACAUGAAAGGGAGGGGACGAGCUCUCCCCUCUUAUAGCCAUGGCAUGCGCAUGAUAGGGCAGGGAACUCUCAGAACAGAGCCAUACCUCCAAUGUAAAAAUGUUUGCUUGUAAUAAAUAAUUAAUUUUUCAAGUGGUCCUGACUGAACUGCAGUCAGCAUUAUUUAGACUAGAGACAAGAGACUGAGAGCUCUAUUUUCGUGCCUCACUGGCGGCGUGGCGCAGGCACAGCAUUAAGUCAGGUCUGCCGUGCCAGUGAGGCGUGCCAAAGCCCACUUUGGUAUUUUGGUGAGCAGCGUAGCCCGCGUGAAAAUCCCCCCUCCCUAACUCAGCUUCUCCCAGUGGUGUAAGUAACAGAGAGGGAGGAGAGAAGGCAUGGAGUGGGUUCUGUUUUCACCAAUCACAUCUCCUCACCUUUAAAUCCGCCACCGGCGAGGCUUAUUACAAUUUUCGUUAAGUAUUCAAAGAGAUGACUGAAGACAGCAAUGCCACACGAUGGUAACAGAAGGCAGCCCCUCAACAAGUGUCGCUGUAAGCACUUCGGAGGGCGUCCUCCACACUCUCUCAAAUAAGCACAGAUGGAUUUGGUUUGUGUAAUGUUAGAACCACUGGUAAGACAAACACCCUUUACCACAAAUAAAGACAUUUACAUAAAGCUGCAUAUAUUUAAACCUCACAUUACAAAGGUGGGUUGUGCACACAGAUCACAACAUAAACAAAUUCCAACAAUGGCAUUAAAAUCGGAAACACCUGUAUGUAAAGGAUGCAUCGCACUCCAUGGCCUGACUCUUUCUUUCAUUGAUGUUGGCAUAUAAAAUGAACUUGGCUUACGCAACUGAAUAGUAUGAUAUUUGUAUGUGGGCCUAACUCCGGAUUGAAUAUUCACAUAAUUUUAAGGAUGUGAGAACAUCAGAUAAACAGGUAAUUUGAAUGAAAGUGUCUUUUAUUUUUUUGUUCAAAUUUUUGACACAAAUAACUCAUCUGAUCACUAAAAUAAAUUUAUUUGUUCAGUCUUGCUGCCGCAGCAGCAUCAGGGCAAAAGAGGACAUGAAGAUAUGUCCAGGUCGAACUGUGCGAGAAAAAAAAGGGAGAGAGAAAAGGAGGGAGAUGAAUUAAAUAUCUUGUUAACUUCAUCAUUUGUGACUGUUUACUCGAUAUUUAAUUUAAUGCAGUUUCAGCUGUGUUAAUUUGGUCAGGUUGAAUGUCCAAACGCGUGCCAAACACGCUCAUCAGAUAAGAGAUAUAAGAUUAUCGAUAUGGAUCUAAAUGUAUGUGCUGACUCAGUUGCACUGAAUAUUGGUUGAUGUUGAUUAUUUAUUGCACUGAAAUGUGCCUGACACUGUGGAAACCUGUCGAUGCGGCAUCAGUGAUAAAUGUGCACGACGCCACCGGUCUACCAAAGCACCGCUAGACCAGCUGUACUCUGCCUGCGCUGAAAGCUGACUAGGUUUGAAUCUGUGAGCUUUCAGCGCACUUUCCACGCCGCUGGCAAGCACGAAAAUGUCACUGCGCCCGCUGAUUCUGUCGACACCUCCCCCUACUGCGCCACCAUGCCCAGCUUGGCGGACCUCGGUGCGCCUUGGUCUAUGAAAAUACCAAACUGGCUGUGCGCCAGGCUCCGCCAGACGAAAGUACCAAUGAGUGGGGUGCGCCACCCUCCGCCGUGCGGGCCCGACAAUAGAGCCCUGAGUGUCAUUGGCAGACAUGUCUGAGCUGAUUAGGAAUGUUUUUCUUACCUUAAGCAGCAGCUCUUAUCACAGGCUGAUACCAACAUGUAUCCCAGCUAAAUGUAUCUGGUCUACCUGGGUCAGGAGGUCCUCCACCGUGCUUAGACUGCACUCUAACCAGGUGUUUCUAGGACCUGCAUGGGACAACCUACAGGGCAUAACUUAGCCCAUCAGUAGACAGCAGAUAAGGAUACUUAUGGUUCUAGAUGGUUUUUCUGUAUUUCCAAUGCAUUAAGAGCUUUCACAAACUGUUAUUUCCUGUUAUUCUGACUUGUUUACAGUGGGAUUUAAAAAUGGUGGUUGGUGUUGUGGAAUUGACAUCUGUGUCCCACUAAUUCAAGUACUUCCUAAUGAACCAAUCACAGUGCACUCAGAGUCCCUCUUGUACUGGGAGAGAACUUACUCUGGUGCAAGAACCAAAAGGUUUCAUUAUAACCUUAUUAAAAUCAAGGUUCAGGAACUGAAAUAGUUUUUAGCUCCAGCCAUACAGAAUCAGUAAAAUGGAAAAGGUUUCCACAGUUCUGAGAACAAUGAAAAGUUCCUUCAGUCCAAAAAUGCCGACUGUGUGCAGAUGUGCAUGCACACAUUUUUAUGCAACUCCCUUGUCAGAGAUUUUAAACCAUUUAUUACUAAAUGCAAAUACAGUUAUGCUUGGUGCUUUUAAAGUACUUUUCUAGUUAGCAGAGAAGCAUGCUACAGCUUUUGAGGAGGGCUUUUCAACACACCCAGCAAGAGCACAAAUAAACUGUGAGACUGGAGAAAGAUGGAGGGUCACGGUGGGAGCAGAGUUUUGCAGAAGUAGCAGAGUAUGAGCAGCAUUUGGUGUAUUAGGGAUGAGAGAGGAGGGAGACGAGUUUAAUUGAGCCUCCUUGUUUAGAAGUUCGGCUGUGAUUGGUUAUGAACUGGAAACUUUGAUUCAGUAAUUAGCCUGUCAGUUACAGCUAAGGCAUAAGAUCUCUGUGUCCUGCAUGGACAAACACCAAGCUUCACAAGGUUUUUUGGCCUGCCAUUUUUAGUUUUAGGAUAUUCACUAUUAAUUCAUAAGAUACAUCACAUUUGAUUCAGAGUUUUAUCAACUAUACCCCAAGUCAUUGGCAUAUUAUUUCAUAUGACUGUUUGCAGAGAAACUAAGUGAACAACCAUAAGCAAAAUAUAGUUUUCUUUUACAAACAGAAACUAAACCCUUGUAGAGUCAUUGAGAGGUAUACUCCAGUGUCAUCUGCAUAACUAGAGAACCGAAACAAGUUUUCAUAUACAAAAGCUUAUCAAACUAGGAGUGUUUCUGAGCAUUUUAACUACUCCUAAUGCUGCAUGUUAAGCUCCAGUUUAUCUCAGUAUACACUUGCACUAACUACUCCGAAGAACUGAGAAAAGCAGAUUGAUGUGUUCUUUGUUUUUAUGUCUUUAUUGGAUGUGGAUCUCUGCAGGUCCAGCUGACUUUAGGGUCAUUCCAUGUCAAUUCAACCAAGAAUCUCCACUCACGUCUCACAGAUUUUGAUGAAAUUUGGUGUAGUGAUUGGCCUUUAGGAGAAACUGUCAGAGCUCAAAUAUUUUUGUUCAAAGCCAUCUAAUUAGUGAGAUAGUGGCUAACGAAUUUUUGGCUAGUUAGCAUGACGUGCGUUACAAAAGUGUUCAUAUCUCUGGAAGUAUGGCACCUAGAGAGCUGAUUCAUGUGUCAUUUUAAAGCUCUCUUCAAGUUUCAUCUGUUUGUUCAUUACAUUUUUCCCAAAUUGGACAAGAAAAAAAUUAUAAAAGACCAAAAAUUUAAAUUGGAAAUAGCAAAAAACGCGCGUCCUUCAAUUUUCUUCAUAUUCACACUAAAGAAAGACUAUCAUGUCCACUAGCACCCCUGCAAGUUUCAGGAUGGGCCUAUCAUAACUUUUUGAGUAAUCAGUCAAAAUGUGUGGUACGUUAAGUCGAAAACCGCCAUAUAUGGCACAUUAUACAAGUCCUGACCUCAUCUGGAGUCAGCUCCACCUGCCUGCUUGUGUAAAAUAUUACUUCCUCAUAGUGCAAAAUGCUUUUUUUGAGUGUUUUCAUUUUGUUAUCCCAUAUUUAUAUGAAAAAUGGCUAGAAUAGCUUAUUUUUGCUAAGUUUUCCAUUGCAUUUCAUUUCUAUUUGCACCUAUAUCCAGAAUAUGAAUGAUCUUAGCUUCAUGGGAGAAUCAUUUGGACAUACCUGCAUGUCCUGGAUCCUAGGGUUGACAAAUAACUUCUACCUAUGCACCCUGAAAUUUUGUUGCUGGUUUCCCUGUGAAGUAUUCCAGGCUACUUAUCCUGAGCCCUUUCAACAUUUCCUUUAUACUUCAAAAGUACUUUUAGCAUGGUGAUCAAGCUUUGUGCAGCUUUUCAAUAUUGUUAGUUUGUUUCCAAAGAGGAAAGAGUGUAUGAACUACAAAGAAUUUGAUAGCGUCAGUGUAAGGAACGAUGGUUCCCCAGUCGUCUAGGUCUUCUGGCUUUCAGUACAUACAAAUCUUUGAGAAAGAGCAUAUCAGGAGAGCUACAGUAAUUAGCAACCAUUCCAAAAUAUACUAGAAGAAGUUGGGCAAGAGGAGAGCGAAGGAGCCAUGUAAGGACUGUAAAAUAAUUUCUCUUGAGUAGUGAAUAAUGGUGCUCUGUUGCCCUGGGGAACCAUCGUUCCAAAAUCUGUGACGUGAGUGGAGAUUCUUGGUUGAAUUGACAUGGAAUGACCCUUUAAUAACUCUCUAACAGCUUCUUGUUCUCCUGUGUUUAGGUACAGCCCAGGUAUUUAUGGGGACACAAAGGUGAAUGCUCCACGGGCCCUCAGACGUCAGCAGGGCCCCAUGAGAGACCAGAUCCAGCUCUUCUAUUCUUCUGUGGAUGUAGAGGCAGAGUUUGAGCCAACAGCUGCAGGGUAAGACACACAGAGUGGGGAAACAUCUCAGAGUGAGAAACACCAAAAUUUAACAAAUUUAACCCUCACAUGAAUGAUAACCUCACUGCCUGUCCUCCAGGUGUGUAGAGGAGCGAGCAGCUCAGUCUCAGAGGAAACUAGUCCACAUCAGAGCACUGACGCUGAAGGAGGAGAAGGAGGGGAAGCUGAAGAGGACUCCAGAGAAGGAAACCUGUCUGAACGGGCAAGAAGAGGAAGCGAUUAGCUUGGACUCCCAUGUUGUGAUUCAUCAUUACAGAGGCCCGGUUAUGAUCGGACAGCCAAUCAGAGUGUCCGUCAACCUGAGAGGAAAUUUCAGUGCUGAGUUUGUGGUCAUCAGGUAAAAACAGAGAAACACACCUCCUGUUCCUCACCAGGAUCUAAAACCAGCUUUAAGACCUGUGUGUGUGUGUGUGUGUGUGUGUGUGUGUGUGUGUGUGUGUGUGUGUGUGUGUGUGUGUGUGUGUGUGUGUGUGUGUGUGUGUGUGUGCAGGCUGCAGGUGAAAAAGGGCCUGGUGUCCAUCGUGGCCCAGAGAACGGUAACCUCAGACCUAUGGACUGUGACCCUGGAGAGAAGUCAGGGCUCCACUCAUGAUGUGGUGUCCAUCCUCUGCCAUAAACAGAGCGGCAGGACACACACACACACGUAUGUCCACGGUUUGAUUCCUUUAUGCAAAUCUUGUCUGAGCACAGACUCAGACAGGAAACAGAGUUUAAUCAGUGAGUGUAAGCUAUGACACACUCAAUAUAGACGCACAGCAGGUGUUCCACAGGGGACUUGAUGAGAACAUUUACUUUUGAAUUGCAAUCAUUAAACCCAUGCUGAUGUGACAGACACAAGUUCUCUGAUUCUGUGAGCACACUCGAAGUGUUAAACACUUUUUAAGCUGAACUGCAGAGUGUCUCUGCACUCCAAGGGCUCUAUUUUCGUGCGCGCCGGUGAGGCGACGGAGGGUGGCGGACCCCGCGCAGUUGUAUUUUUGUCUGGCGGAGCCCGGCGUAAAGGCAGUUUGAUAUUUUCGUGGACUGAGGCGCUUGGAGGCGAGCCGAGAUCCGCCAAGCUGGGCGUGGUGGCGUGGCAGGGGGAGGUGUCGACAGAAUCAGCGAGCGCAAUGACAUUUUUGUCCUCGCCAGUGGUGUGUAAAGUGCGCUGAAAGCUCGCCGAUUCAAACCUGGUCAGCUUUCAGCGCAUGGCGGAGCGCAGCUGGUCUAGUAGUAUUUUGGUAGACCAGCGGCGUAUCGGCAUACGUCACUGAUGCCUCAUCGGCAGGUUUCCACAGUGUCAGGCACAUUUCAGUGCAAUAAAUAAUCAUCAACAACUAAUAACCUGAGUCAGCACAUACAUUUAGAUCUUUAUAGAUAUAUUCUGAUCUAUAUGAUCUGAUCUGAUGAGCUCGUGAAGUGAACAAGACAUGUAAUUCGUCUUCCUCCUUUUCUUUCUUCCUCUUCCUCUUAUUUCUUGCGCAGCUCGACCUGGACAUGUCUCCGUGUCCUCUCUCCGUCCUGCUGCAGUGGCUGAACAGAUGAUUUGUUUCAGUGAUCAGAUGAGUUAUCUACUUGAAGCCUACAUACGAAUAAUAUAAUACUCAGUUUUGUGGGCCAAAUUUAUUUUAUAUGCCAACAUCUAUGAAAGAAAGAGCCAGGCCACGGAGCGCGAUGCGUCAUUUAUGCACAGAUGGUUCCGAUUUUAAUGCCAUUUUUGGAGUUUAUGUUGUGAUCUGUGCGCACAACACACCUUUUCACGUGAAGUUUGAAUAUAUGCAACUUUAUGUGAGUGUCUUUAUUUGUGGAAAAGGUGGUUUGUCUUACCAGUGGGUCCAACAUUACACACACCAAAUCCAUCUGUGCUUAUAUGAGAGAGUGUGGAGGACGCCCUCUGCAGCGCUUAAAGUGACACUUGUUGCGGAGCUGCAUUCUGUCGCUAUCGUGUGGCAUUACUGUCUUCAGACAUCCCUUGAUCUCUUUGACUACUUCACGAAAAUAGUAAUAUGCCUCGCCAGUGGCGGAUUUAAAGGCGAGGAGAGGAGCUUAUGUGAUUGGUGAAAACAUGUCUCGGCUGUGUUAAACCCACUCCACGCCCUCUCUCCCUCGCUACGACUUACGCCGCUGGGAGAAGCUGAGUUAGGGAGGGGGGAUACUUACGCCGGGCUGCGCUGCUCACCAAAAUACCAAAUUGUGCUUGGGAACGCCUUGUCGGCACGUCUCUGGCAAGGCACGAAAAUAGAGCCCUAAGUCUUUACACACUGUCCUGUGUCUCCCUGCAGUCCCUCUGUCCUCCAGCAGGUGGUGUGUCUGUCUGUGGAUGGCCUCAGGCACAGCUUCGGUGUGGCGAUGACGGUAUCUGCUCACUGGUUUGUGGAGUAUUCAGGCCGUAAUAACCCAGCAUCACCACAUGGGGCAGCAGUGAGCACCUUCUCAUUCACUGACCGACACAUCUACGGCAUUGCCCCCAUCACAGAGGUGCUCCUUCAAUUCUUAAAAUUAAUUUUGCAGCAAAUGGACAGUCUUAAAUUGGCUGCCUCCAAACCUCACAGACCCACCAGUGUUUUCUCUUCCUCUGUUACCAGGGUAACACCAUCAUCAACACAGCCAUCUUCACCAACCAGCCUGUGUCAGUUCCUGUCAUAGUGCUUGCCAUCAGCCAUGAUGGAAAGGUGUCAGAUGUCACCUCAGCGGUCACCUGCCACUCAACCAAUGAGAACACUAUCAAGGUGAGACAAAGAUUCAAAACUCAACAGAUACUGACCUUCUGAGUUAGAGACUUUUACAUGAACAAAAGGGGCUUUUCUUCAGCAGGUACCUUUCCCCUCAAAACAAGGAAUCUUUUAGGGAACUGAACAAUUCAGUAGCAGGGACUAAGGAUCUAGAUGUAGUUCCAGGAUAAUUAAUAUACCCCUUACAGAAGUUCCUACUCAGGGGGCCGCUGACAUUUUAGUUCCUCAAAGAGAAUUUGCUGGAAUGAAAAGCCCCUGGUUUCAAAGAGUCUUGAAUUUCAGUAGCUGAAGUUUCUGUCCAUCAGAGAUUGGUGUAUCUGUUGUCUUCUUCUCUCCUCCUCUUUCUCUGUCUCUGCUCUGUCCUCAGGUGUCCAAUGAUUGCUCUGCCCUCUUCGUGGAUGGCAGCGAAUCAGGGCUAGGUAACACCUGUGCAGUGGUGGAGUUUCAACUGGGCAUGCUCAGCGGCUCCGUGUGUCUGGAGGUAUGGGCUCCCUCAGUGCCCUUGCGGGUGUCCCUGGCAGACCCUGUUCUCAAUGCCAUUGAUGGCUGGAACCACUUCACAGAGAGCGGGUGAGAACAAAUCCUUCAGUCUGAGUUAUUACGUUUGCCUUUAAAGGCUAUUUUUAGACUUCCUGCUUUUUUUUUGAUAGAACCACUUGAAAGAGAGAGAGAGAGGGACAGAGAGAGAGAGAGGAAAUGUGGGGAGACAGAGGGGGUGAUGUGAACCAAGUCAUGUUGGGGUCAGUAACCCGUCCUACAGACAAAGCUAGACCAGUACUUCUGGGUUAUUAAUUCUUAUUCAGAUCUCAUUUCAGCAUGAAGAGGUCAGCUGGAGUCGCUUUUAAGUUUUAAAGUCACUUUAUCCUUAAUGAGGCUGUCAUCAUUUACUCUAACUCUCGCUUGGUGAAACUUGAUAUCAAACAAAAUUACAGACCUCAUGAUUUGAAUAAAAAAUAAUGAUGUGGAUAUGUUUUAUAUUUAUCAUUAGGUUUUCUAAUGUUUGAGAAAAGCCUGCAGUUAAAACAACAAAGUGAUUCAUUGGAACAACCACCUUCAGGGCUUAUUUUUCUAAAUGUACCUGCUCAAAAUGGCAUCGAAAAGCACCAUGGCGAUAUCUAUUUAAAACACACUGAUUUGCCAUAAUAUCAUGACCACUUGAGUAAUUUAACGCAAACCAAUCUGACAGCUGUACCAUAAAUUCUAUAUCAGUCAGGACCACUUGAAAAGGUGAUUAUUUUCAUGCAGAAGUUAUAUUUGGUAGUAGGGCUCUAUUCUGGGAGCUCCCUGCCUUCUAUGAGUAAAUGUGGGAUGCCAAAGUCUGAGGUGGAGACAGCACACCUUCCCUCUUUUUAAUGUGUAUACAUGCUAGCUGCAACAAAUCAUUACCAAAUAAGGAAUAGUGAAACAAAAAUCAACAUUUGGUGCAAUAAUAUAGUAAAGAAGAAGAAGGGGAGUGUCUUAUGCAUAAUGAUUUGCAGUGAGAAGGAACCCCAUAGACCCCCUGGUAUAGUUCUGAGGGGGUCCCUCCUCUGAUAAAUUCCCCUCAGUACCCAUGAUCCAUCUCCUGAAUUAAAUGUUUAAUUUUGGCCUGAUAUCAUAUAUCUUUAACACUUUCUUACUCUCAAUGUUGUUAUGUCACAGCCUGAGGUGGCCAAAGACCCCAGGAUUCAGAACAGAACAGCAUCAGUGACAAUCCACAUGAUGCUGGUAAAUUCUGAUAUGGCAUACAAAAGUUCAGCUGGUGUGAAUGUUAGUAUCAGCCAGUGAUGUGCGGUGAGGUUCAUGGCUGGUGAGGCGCUGACUUAAUCACAAUCAGAUUUACAAACAUAUGAACCUUACAGAGUAGCUUAUUCGCCAUUUGAUUGGCAGCAGUUAACGGGGUAUGUUUAAGAUCUCAUAAUCUCAUACAAUACUCACCUUUGAAGUGUAUUACUAAGCAGGUUGAAAGUCUGCAAUUUUACUAAAUUUGGUGUCUGGUGAAUCUUGGUGAAUGGGCAAUGAAGGGAUGCACGAGAUAAGAAUAAGAAUCAGAAGAACUUUAUUAAUCCCCGAAGGGAAAUUCAAUUGUCUGUUGUCUCACAUAAUAUGUCUAUAAAAGCUAUCUACUAUUUACACAAGAGUUACCAAGUCUGAUGGCUUUCGGUACAAAAGAUCUUCUAAAUCUUUCUGUCCUGCAAUGAAGAGAAAGGAGCCGUCCACCACCAUUUGCCCUUUGGUCCAUCAAAGUGUUGUGAAGUGGGUGAUCCAUGUUCUUUAGAAUGGUCUCCAAGUUCCUCAGUGUAGAUCUCUCCACCACAUCCUCCACUGAUUCCAGCUUAGGUCCUACCAUGGAGCCAGCCUUUUUCACCAGUUUGUUAAGACAUCUCGCAUCUUUGGGCUCUAUUUUCGUUCGCGCCGGUGAGGCGGCGGAGGGCGGCGAGCCCCGCGCAGUUGUAUUUUCGUCUGGCGGAGCCCGGCGUAAGGCGAGUUUGGUAUUUUCGUGGACUGAGUCGCACGGAGGCGAGCCGAGAUCCGCCAAGCUGGGCGUGGUGGCGUGGCAGGGGGAGGUGUUGACAGAAUCAGCUGGCGCAGUGACAUUUUCGUGCUCGCCACCGGCGUGUAAUGUGCGCUGAAAGCUCGCCGAUUCAAACCUGGUCAGCUCUCAGCGCAGGCGGAGCGCAGCUGGUCUAGUAGUGUUUUGGUAGACCGGCGGCGUAUCGACAUACGUCACUGAUGCCUCACCGGCAGGUUUCCACAGUGUCAGGCAGAUUUCAGUGCAUUAAAUAAUCAUCAACAACUAUUAAUCUGAGUCAGCACAUACAUUUAGAUCUAUAUCGAUAUAUUCUGAUCUAUAUCUGAUCUGAUGAGCGCGUUUGGCAUGCGUUUGGGCACACAACCUGACCGAAUCAAUACAGCUGAAACUGCAUCACAUUAAAUUAAAUAUCUAGUAAAUAAACACACAUGAUGAAGUUAACAAGAUAUGUAAUGUGUCUCCCUCCUUUUCUUUCUUCCUCUUAUUUCUCGCACAGCUCGACCUGGACACGUCUCCGUGUCCUCUGUCCGUCUUGCUUGCUGCUGCGGCUGAACAGAUGAUUUGUUUCAGUGCUCAGAUGCGUUAUCUACUUUAAGCCGACAUACGGAUAUUACAAUAUUCAGUUUUGUGGGCCAAAUUUAUUUUAUAUGCCAACAUCUAUGAAAGAAAGAGCCAGGCCACGGAGCGCGAUGCGUCAUUUACGCACAGAUGGUUCCGAUUUUAAUGCCAUUUUUGGAGUUUAAGUUGUGAUCUGUGCGCUAAACCCACCUUUGUCACGUGAGGUUUGAAUAUAUGCAACUUUAUGUGAGUGUCUUUAUUUGUGGAAAAGGGUGUUUGUCUUACCAGUGGGUCCAACAUUACACACACCAAAUCCAUCUGUGCUCAGAUGAGAGAGUGUGGAGGACACUUGUUGAGCAGCUGCCCUCUGUCGCCAUCGUGUGGCAUAACUGUCUUCAGACAUCUCUCGAUCUCUUUGACUACUUCAUGAAAAUAGUAAUACGCCUUGCCGGUGGCGGAUUUAAAGGCAAGGAGAGGAGCUUAUGUGAUUGGUGAAAACAGGUCUCGGCUGUGUUAAAUCUACUACACGCCCUCUCUCCUCCCCAUCUACGACUUAUGCUGCUGGGAGGAGCUGAGUUAGGGAGGGGGGAUACUUACGCCGGGCUGCGCGGCUCACCAAAAUACCAAAAUGUGCUUGGGAACGCCUUGUCAGCGCGGCGGAUCUGAUUGACGCUGCGCUUGCGGCAGAUCUCCGGCGAGGCACCAAAAUAGAGCCCUUUGUGUUUGAUGCUUCCCCCCCAGCAGACUGCAGUGUAUAACAGAACACUUGCCACCACAGACUGAUAAAACAUCUGCAGCAUCUUACUACAGAUGUCUAUUGAUUGGAGUCUUCUCAGGAAAAAGAGGCGGCUCUUCCCCUUUCUGUAGAUGAAGUCUAUAUUCUUAGACCAGUCCAACUUAUUAUCCAGAUGUACACCUAGGUAUUUAUAUGAUGUCACCACUUCGAUGUCCACUUCGCAGAUGUUCACUGGCUGAAGAGGGGGUUUGGAUCUGCAGAAGUCUAUGACCAUCUCCUUUGUCUUUGAGGUGUUGAGGAGGAGGCAGUUUUUUGUGACUCCAGUCACUGAAGGCUUUUAUCAGAUCUCUGUAUUCAGCUUCUUGUCCAUUUCUGAUACAUGCCACAAUAGCAAUGUCAUCUGAGUAUUUCUGGAUGUGGCAGGACUCAGUACUGUAUUUGAAGUCUUACAUAUACAGUGUGAAUAGGAAUGGCGCCAGCACUGUCCUUCGUGGAGCCCCUGUACUGCUCAUCAAUGUCCCAGAAACACAAUUUCCCAGCCUGACAAACUGUGGCUUUCCUGUCAGGUAAUCUGUGAUCCAGGAAACACAGGAAGGAUCCACUCCCAUCUCUGUGAGCUUGUCUUUGAGUAUGGUGAGUUGGAUGGUGUUGAAUGCACUUGAAAAGUCAAAGUACAUGAUCCUCAUAUAAACCCCAGGUUCCUUCAGAUGAGACAGGGCACGGUGAAGCAUGUAGAGGACAGCAUCAUCCACUCCAAUGUGUUCUUUUUAUGCAAACUACAGGGAAUCCAGUUUGUCUUUGACCUCAGACCUCAGACCACAGAAGGCAUAGAAUCAGCCACUCCAGAGUUUUCAUGAUGUGUGAAGUGAGGGCCACUGGUCUGUAGUCAUUGAGUUCAGCAUGACAUUUUGUUUUGUCGGUACCCACCCCAGCUGUAAACUCAGGUUGAAGAUCCUGUGGAGAGGUUUACACAGUUCUGCAGCACAGACUCUAACCAGCCUUGGACACACACCAUCUGGACCUGCUGCCUUCCCGGGACAAAGUCUUCCAAGCUCCAUCCUCACCCCUGUUUCAGUGAUGAACAAGGACUGGUGUUCUAGGCAGGAGGCAGUUGAAGUGGUUGAGACAUUUGAAUGAGAUAGAGGAGGAACAGGAGAAGUUGUAGUGGAGAUUUGUUGUGAAGAGGAAGGUGGAGUAGCAGUGGAAGUGGGCGUGACAAAAGUGUCAAAUCUAAUGGAUGGAUGGAUGAAUGGAUGGAUCCUUCAUUGGCUCAGGGUCUUGGCCCUGUCUUACCUAUCAUCUGUUUCACAGAUGUGGGCCAGUCUAUCAGCGAUCCUCGGUCCAAGUCCUAACUCAGUUCACGGCUCAGGACUCUGAGGGCAGGAACACACAUCUCCUGGGGUCAUCUGAUUGGUUUGUGGAUGUAACAAAGCUAGUCCGUGAUUGGCUGAGAGUAGAGGAUCCCAGUGUGGCGUCCCUCUCUCAGAACAAUCUGAUUGGUUUACGUCCUGGAAAGACAUCAAUCCACGUAAGUAACCAUGACAUCAUUAUUUUCUGUCUUAUUGUCAUCAUUAUCAUCUCUUUAUCUCUGUCUCUCACUCUUUCUCAGGUGAUUUCUGAGCAGUGGGAUGGUGUGCUGGGUAGAUGUGAUGUCACUGUGACCGCUGAACCUGUUACCCCUGGUGACCUGUCUGUGCAGGUAGUCAGUGGCCUUGGCAUGUUGGUCACAUCCAGUCCUGCCCACCCUUCGAUCAUCACAACAACAGUGACAGCCUACAACAUCCUGUACAGUCAUCAUCAGGUGAGACAGAGGAUGACACAAUCACACCCUGAGGUUAAAGUUCAGGGUCUGAUUUGAUCUCACUCUGUUCUUGGUCUUGGUCUUCCUCCCUUUCCUCCUCUUCAUAGACUAUCCCUAACACAGGCUAUGUGUUAGGGAUAACACAUGCCUCUGAGAUUGCUUCCAUUCAUCUCCGAUAUCACCUCAACUCACCUGUGCUCUCUGACCUGGUUUUUACUAGUUUAUACUGGUUUCAUCAGUAGCGAUGAUUGUAUUGAGUUCAGAAUCUAAACUGAGACAUAUGAGCUCUACCUGUGUUUAACCUAUGGCACUGUGUUUUCUGUGCAGGAAGCGUCCAUCAGUGUCUGGCUGCAGUUCAGCGAUGACUCUGCCUCCCUCCUCUCCUCCUUCAGCGACCUUCCUGUCUCCCUGCUUCUGUCCUCACUGGCUGAGUCUGUGGUUGUUGUGACUCCUGGCCCAAACCAGCAUAUCUUUGCCCAGGGGGAUGGGGGCGGGCCUUUACUGCGAGCAGAGCUGCUGGUUUCCACUUGUGGCGACCUGCCAAUCACCUCCAACUCUAUCAGUGAAGCUGAUUGGAUAGAGACCAGAGCUCGCCGACUAGCCCGAGGGUCUGGAUGGAUCCGGGUAAACCUGGACCUGGGUUUCCUGCAGCCGGAGGAGGACAGGAACGAGAUGGGAGAAGAAUUUGAGUUUGACAUCUCAGACAUGCUGGUGGAGUCAGAUAUCGAUGUGUACGCCACCAACUCUGAGGAGGACGAUGGCGGCGGGAAUGUGAGCAGCGACUACGACAGACUUGGUGGCAAAGUGACGGACAGGAAGUGGAACAAAGCUGGGAAUGAGGGGAUGAUCAGCCGGAACAAUCUAGAACGAGCAGUGCUGAUGCCCAGCCAGGAGGAGGGCAUUGUGUACUUCUCCCCCAGCCAGGAGGGGGGAGGGAGGGGGAGAGGGGAGGAGGAACAGGGAGCUAGGGAGCUGGAGGUGGGUGUGGGCGCUGUCCUCGCCCUGAUCUGCCUCUCCACUAUGCUCUUCCUCGCCAACUGUCUUCCCUGCGCCCUGAAAGACAAGAGGAGGUCAAAAAUGGAGGAGGAGGAGGAGGAGAGAGGAGAAGGAGAAGGGGGAGGACAGGAGGAAGAGGAGCAGGAGAGAAAGGAGAGGGCGACAGAGGAAAGAGAGGAGGAGGGUGAGAAGAAGAAGAUGAAGCAGGUAGAGGGAAUGGAGGAGGUGACAGAGGUUGAGAUCAUCUGCUGA